CGUUGUGCCCACUCUAUGACCAAGUGGGCGGAUUGGGGCCACGACCAGCAAAAAAUCGAUGCUGUCGCCAGUCGUUGGGUGACAGAGUGUUUGUAAGGAAGCAUGUCGGAUCAGCCUGAUAACAGCACCUACGAGCAGGAGUGCCAGCGCGCGGAGUUGCUGGGUCUCCAGCCGCCAGAUCCCGAGGAGUUCGAGCGGAAGCGGCAAGCGAGAUUGGAGCACGAGGUGGCCGAACAGGAGGCUGCCGAGGCGGUGCUGCUGGAGCAACAAGACGAAAGCCUGGGCAAUGUGGGCGGCAAGUUGGGCGAGCUCAACAGCAUCCUGUCCAGCACCCAGCAGAAGCUCAAUCGCUUUAAGCAAACGGCCUGUGGCAGUUUAACUAAUAUAUUUGCUCGAGCCAGCUCGGGCUCAGUGGAUCUUUCAGCGGGCGUGGGGGGAUCGGGAUCGAUGGUCAGCCAGGAGGAGCGUCCGCCUGUCCAAGAUCAGCCACAGGCAAAGCCGCCGCCCACGGCCGCCGAGGUAAGCGCCGCCAAGGCGGCCAAGCAAAAGCGCAUGGACUCGCAGCUGGACAAGUUGGAUGCGCUGAUCAAUCAGGCGGACAAUGCCCAGAUCUCCAUGAGCGAGCAGACCCAGCAGAUGCGACGCUUGGCCAAGUGAACUGCUUUGACCAAAAGCGGAUGAAAGGUGAUCAUUGGCAUUUCUAAAACCCGAAACACAAAAGAUUAAACCCUAGUUUCCUUUAUGAAAUGAAUGUACGAUUCCAACUUUAUUAACCCUUACUCUUCAGGUGAUUUGCUUCGCCUGAUCCUGGCCAGCCUUCUGUCCCCUCUUUGUUUGGAUGAACACAUGAGUUUCGCUUAAAACUAAACACAAGUUGAGAUUACCCAAAGCGUCUUCAAUCACAUUUAUCGAGUGUGCAGACAGUGCGUGUCAUAACUGUCCUGUCUGAAGUACCGUCUUUUAGUCCUGGCGCGCACUGCUCUUCUUUACAUUCAUCCCGUUGACUUUACAUACAAAUAGGUAUUUUUAUAGUUUACAUCAGAGUUUCAAAAAUACAGAGCAUUUUUUCGGCUAUUUCUUGUCAUAGUUAAAAACUGAAUUACAAAUGUUGACAAUAAUAGUUUCGUUUAAAUAUUCUAGGAGUUGAAACGUAGUCAACUCUAUUCCUGAAAUUAUACAUAUGUAGUUUAAAUAAUUUUGUUUGUUUUAACCAAACGAGACAUAAAUGAUGUCCUUUAUUCACAUAUAUUUUAAAUUUUUUUUUGGUAAGUCACAUUUUGGAAAACUUUUUUUUCAGUUCUUUGAAAGUAUAACAAUAAAAUUAAAUAUUUAAAUUUUAAUUUGAAUAUAUUACACUCCUACUCUCUUUUUUUUUUAAUAAGUUUAAACUAAAGUGAACGUGUAAAAAAACGGAAACUAUUUUUUGAUUAGAUGUGCAGUGCGAUUCGCAACUGUGAGACCAAGAUUGUAACUUCUCAGCCCUGGCCUUACAGUUAUGGGACUCACUGUCUUUGUGCUAGCAUAAGGAAGCAAUGUCCACCACAUUGAAAUUGUUUAUCCAGCUAAUACUUGUUGCAAAACGUUUGUUAUACUAUAUCAAAAUAUAUACGGCUAAAUCGAGUCAAGUAAUAAAAUUAAAUUUUUCUCCACAAAACAAAA